UUCCAGAUAUGGUUGGCGGGGCAAGCAAUGGGUCCAAAAGAACGAAACAAAGGAACGUCGGGAGGGGAGUGGACAUCCCACUGGAGACUAUUAAACAUGGUAUGAUGGAUCCCCAAGAACGGAUGUUUCUGGAUGCUGUUGAGAAGGGCGACAAGCCAACAGUGAUCCGCUGCCUGACUGACAUGCUAGGACGCUCAGCCAUCCAGAUCGCCGUUGACAAUGAGAAUAGUGAGCUGGUGGAGCUGCUGCUGCGGCAGGAUGGCGUCAAGAUCGGAGACGCGUUACUCUAUGCAAUCCGGGAGGGCGUGUACAGAAUCGUAGAGAUGCUCAUCAACCACCCGUCAAUCUCCCAUGACAUGCUUGGUGCUGAUUGGGCUAAAAUGCGUCACGUGGACGAUGAAAGUUUUGAUUACUCCCCGGAUAUUUCCCCAGUGUUAGCGGCCCACUGCAACCAGUUUGAGAUCCUUCAGCUGUUGCUGGUCAAUGGCGCCAACAUCGACAGACCCCAUCAGCUGUCAUGCUCCUGCAAAAAAUGCCAAGCAAAAGUCUUACGCCACUCCCUACUCAGAAUCAACACCUACAAAGCCUUAGCCAGCCCUGCCUGGAUCUCGCUGACCAGCCCAGAUCCCAUCCUGACCGCUUUCCGACUGUCCUGGGAGCUGGAUCGACUGGCGCUCAGAGAGAACGAGUUCAAAGACUCCUACAUUCAGUUGAGUGUGCAGUGCAAGAAGUACGCCUGUGAACUGCUGGAGCAAUGCCGGAGUAGCGAUGAGGUGAUUGCUGUGCUGAACAAAACUUGUGAGGAAGACUCCGACGAGGAGGACGAGGAAGAGGAUUCGACUUCCUGGGACUCGAACAAGCUGACCCUGUGUCGACUGAAGCUGGCAAUCAAAUACGAACAGAAACAGUUUGUUUCCCACCCACACUGCCAACAACUACUGACCUCCAUCUGGUACGAGGGUCUGCCGGGCUGGAGGAAGCGCAAUGGCGUCAUGAAGUUCUUGAUCUGUACUGGCCUCAUUUUGAUCCUGCCUUUUAUGUCGGUGUAUUAUCUCAUCUUCCCGCGAUCCAGAAUCGGACAGUUGCUGCGAUCCCCGUUCAUGAAGUUUCUCUAUCACAGCGCUAGUUUUGGGGUGUUCCUGUUUCUCCUGGUGUGUGCCUCCACGGAUGUCACAAACAACAAACCAAAGCGUCAGAAGUUCAGAGGUCCGGAGCCGUCCGAGCUGGAGUGGAUGAUCGUUCUUUGGGUCACUGGUUUUGUGUGGGCUGAGUGCAAACAACUGUGGGAUGAAGGACUGAAGGCUUACAUUCGCCAGUGGUGGAAUUGGCUUGACUUCAUUAUGCUGUCUCUUUACCUGGCCACUUUUUCUCUAAGGAUUGUGGCUUACAUCCAGAUUGAGUCCGGUAGGUACGGGGACCGGGUCAUGCUGCGCGUGGACUGGCCGGAGAAUGACCCGACUAUCAUCUCUGAGGGACUCUUUGCCAUAGCCAACGUCUUCAGCUUCGCUAGAAUCAUCUAUCUUUUUCAGGCCAACCAACAUCUUGGACCCCUGCAGAUCUCGCUGGGUUGUAUGCUCAUCGACAUUGCCAAGUUCCUCUUUAUCUUUUUCCUGGUGGUUUCCUCCUUCGCGUGUGGAAUGAACCAGCUCUACUGGUAUUACAGCGAAGCUGACCCCAACGACGAAGAUCUGUUCUUUACGCUGUUCUCCAGCUAUGUGACGCUGUUCUGGUCCAUGUUUAGCCUGAUGUCUCCCAACAAGCUGGAGAUCCACAGCACCCAGAGCUUCACCCAGACUGUUGGCGAGAUCCUCUUCAUGGUCUACCACGCCAUGGCCAUCAUCGUCCUCCUCAACAUGCUGAUCGCCAUGAUGUCCAGCUCUUUCCAGGACAUCGAGAACCACGCGGACAUGGAAUGGAAGUUCGCCCGCUCCAAGCUAUGGAUGGGCUACUUUGACGAGGGGUCCACCCUGCCUGCUCCAUUCAACAUGAUCAUCAGCCCUAAGUCCAUCUACUACCUGCUGAUGUGGGUCAAGCGAGAGGUGUGUUGCUGUUUCUGUCGCCGUGGCACUCGUUGCGGGCUUCCUCGUCACAAGUCGGUGGAUCGGACCAUUAGGUCAUCGAAAUCUGUGAAACCCUCAGACAACGAUGUCUUUAAG